AUGAAUGUUCUGGUGUUGUUGUUCUUCGUUUUCUUUCUGCCCCUCGUCGCGCUUCUAGCUGGAACCACCAUCAACCCUCGGCACGGUGCUUAUGGCAGGACCUACGCCCGUAACAUCCCCUACCCUGGAGCCGCGGGAUCAGAGGCUAUUGAGAUGGAGGACAUGAUGCAGCACGACAAGUGGGAACUCAACGACUCGGACGAUGAGACUUGA